AUUUACUAGUUUUAUUUUGAUGAUCAAUAUGCUUUUAUGAUUGUUUGUAUUUUUGUUGUCUAUUUACACAAUUCUUUUUGUGUAUGAUAACGUAUGCUCUCUUCCUUCUUCUUAUUCUUCUUUAUAUAUUCUUAUAUAUAGAUUUUUGUAUUUCUUUUUGUCACUACUACUACUUAUUCAUCCUUACUUUUAAUAAACAUACAAGCAUUUGUGAUUAUAUUAAAUUGUACCUUUUUUUUUUUCAAGCCAGCGGACCCUUUUUUUUAAGGGGAGAAAAGGGAUACUUUUUCUUUUUUUCUCAUUUUCUUUUUUCUUCUUUUUCCAUUCAUCCUCCCUUCUUGUUCUCCUUCCUUUGUCAUUUAUCUAGUACCUCUCCUUAUCGUUUUGUAUAUGAACCAUUGACCGUUCCCUCGCCAUUCUUUAUUAUUAUUAUUAUUAUUAUUUUAUAGAUCUCAUUCGUUUUUAUUUUUAUUAUGAUUGACCUGGGUCACUUUUUAUUAUCUACUGGGAUGAUCUUUGGUCCAGUCAUUGGCUAUAUUGAUCAAUACCGAUUAAUCAACCAGACGAAAACAAGUACUGGAUUCCAUCCUAAAACAUGUGCCAUUUUGUUAUUUGCAAAUAUCCUCCGAAUCUUCUUUUGGUUUGGAAAACGAUUUGAUACCACUUUAUUGAUACAAUCGAUUGUGAUGAUCGUUUCACAACUCAUUUUACUUGAAUUAGUGAUACGAUAUCGACCUACGCCCACAUUGAUGUCAGAUGAUGAUGAUGAUGAUGAGAGUUUAUCGAUUGAAGCAGACCAUCCUUGGCAACGUGCUUGGCAACAACGACAUUCUUUUUGGAAUUGGCCUACCUUUCUUGAUUAUCUCAAUUUUUUAUUGGCAUUUACUACUUGUAUCUCCUUGUUAUAUGUGUUUUUCCGUCAUGUGCCUUCAUUGAUAGAAUUAUUGGGUCUUAUUAGUCUUGGAAUUGAAAGUACCUUACCAUUACCUCAAUGUAUUUCCAAUUAUAAAAAUCGAUCCACUGCUGGUUUCAGUCUAUUGGUUUUAAUGUCUUGGUUUUUUGGGGAUAGUUUCAAGGUUUUCUAUUAUAUUUCUAAUCAAGCUCCAUAUCAAUUCAUUUUAUGUGGUGGUAUCCAAUUGACAAUUGAUUUCUUGAUUGUUUUAGAAUGUAUCAUAUUCUCUUCAAAGAUUAAGAAAUGGCUUGGUUCAUCUUUGACAUCUCGUUCGGACUAUGAACCCCUUGAAUGAAGUCAACCCAUGAAACACGUGGUGUCAUGCUCUCCUCUCUUUUAUUAUUUAUUAUUAUUAUUUUUUUUU